AUGGACUACAUAUCCCACAGAGCCUCGCGAGCGCUGUUUCCGCGGCACUUGGAUAAUGCUUGCUCAAGUUCGCUUAACUGUUCACUCAGCCGAACACACGGGUUGAGCUUGAGGUUCGACGCUCGGGCAGCCUUAGCCCUAUGCCUGGCGCGCGCACACUGCCUUCCCGCCCCCCGUCGUCCACCACGAGGCAGCCCUAGGGCUGGGGGGCCGGGCAGCGCACAAGGGCAGCGCCGACACUGCGCAUGCUCGGCGCGUUGGCGCAGGUUCCCGCAGCUGAGGGGCAGCUCCGCAGCGGCGUCCGGGGUCUCCACUGGGGCGGACGCUCCGGUGCUCGCACAGUCUCCCGCCGCGGCUGGCAACGGGCGUCCCUCCACUCCCCGAGUCCCCGGCCGCCGCCGCCACCCCAGCGCGCCCCGAUCUGGCCCCCUGCCCCGCGAAGAUGGCUGCCGUACGCCGGGCCCGCAGUUACUGCCGCUGCCUGGUGCGCUUCUCCGACCGAGAACUCUGCUAAGCCCCGCUGCAGAGACAGGCAGGAGUAGACACCCGGACACCCAGCACCCCUCCUCGGGGGCAGUGCAGAGGGGGCGCGGAGAGCCGCCCUCGAGUGCUGCAGGCCGCCCCGCCAGCAUGGCAGAAGCUGAGGAAGAUUGUCAUUCUGAUACUGUCAGAGCAGAUGAUGAUGAUGAAGAAAAUGAAAGUCCUGCUGAAACAGAUCUGCAGGCAUGUUUCUUCAAUUACGUCUUUAAUUUUUAUUCUAUUGUUUCUCAUACAUAUGCAGAAAUUGGUCAUAAUUAUGGAAUGUUAAUUAAGAGGAAGACUUUGGGCUUACCUACAGAAUUUUUGGCUCGAGAACUCUUCCUAAAAGCAGUAGAAGAAGAACAAAAUGGAGCUCUCUAUGAAGCCAUCAAGUUUUAUCGUAGGGCUAUGCAACUUGUACCUGAUAUAGAGUUCAAGAUUACUUAUACCCGGUCUCCAGAUGUGCUGCCAAUGGAGGUCCUCAUGUACAUCUUCCGAUGGGUGGUGUCUAGUGACUUGGACCUCAGAUCAUUGGAGCAGUUGUCCCUGGUGUGCAGAGGAUUCUACAUCUGUGCCAGAGACCCUGAAAUAUGGCGUCUGGCCUGCUUGAAAGUUUGGGGCAGAAGCUGUAUUAAACUUGUUCCUUACACAUCCUGGAGAGAGAUGUUUUUAGAACGGCCUCGUGUCCGGUUUGAUGGAGUGUAUAUCAGUAAAACCACAUAUAUUCGUCAAGGAGAACAGUCUCUUGAUGGUUUCUAUAGAGCCUGGCACCAAGUGGAAUAUUACAGGUACAUAAGAUUCUUUCCUGAUGGCCAUGUGAUGAUGUUGACAACCCCUGAGGAGCCUCAGUCCAUUGUUCCUCGUUUAAGAACUAGGAAUACNNGGACUGAUGCAAUUCUACUAGGUCACUAUCGCUUGUCACAAGACACAGACAAUCAGACCAAAGUAUUUGCUGUAAUAACUAAGAAAAAAGAAGAAAAACCACUUGACUAUAAAUACAGAUAUUUUCGUCGUGUCCCUGUACAAGAAGCAGAUCAGAGUUUUCAUGUGGGGCUACAACUAUGUUCCAGU